UUUCCUUGUUUGCUGUUAUAAAUCUCGCGUCCUUGAAAGCUAUCGCUAACUCUCACUCCCACCCUCCUCCCCAACCCCUUCCCCACCGUCUCUUCUCCAUCUCAAUCCACCUCUCUCUCUCUCUCUCCAAGAGACUAGUGACCGGGUUCUGGUGCUCCACGGUGAUGGAAAGGAAAUGAGGGCGCGUCUUAUCCGACCAUGCCGCUACCCCUCUCCGAUGACUCGGGCUCGUUCUGCGAUCUCCUAUGCGGCGAGGACGCCGGAGCGCUCGCCGAGGACCUGCCGGGUUACUCCACCGAGCCCGAGUUCGCGGAGGGAUCGGACGAGUCCAUCGCCGGGUUCAUAGAAGGGGAGGCCGACUACUCGCCCCGGUUCGACUACCCGGACCGGUUCCGGUCCCGCUCGCUCGACACCUUCGCCCGCCAGGAGUCCAUCGCCUGGAUUCUCAAGGUGCACGAAUACUAUCGCUUCCGCCCACUAACGGCGUAUCUUGCCGUUAACUACAUGGAUCGGUUCCUCUCUUCUCACCAAUUACCUUCAAAUGGAUGGGCUUUGCAACUCUUAUCAGUGGCUUGCCUCUCCCUGGCUGCAAAGAUGGAGGAAACUCUGGUUCCAUCCCUUUUAGACCUUCAGGUUGAGGGUCCAAGGUUCAUCUUCGAGCCUCGAACAAUAUGCCGAAUGGAGCUUCUCGUCCUCACUGCAUUAAAUUGGAGGCUUCGAUCCGUGACACCUUUUACGUUUAUUGAUUUCUUUGCUUACAAGGUUGAUCCCACGGGAACGCAUGCAAGAUACCUGGUUUCACGGGCUACUCACAUUAUUUUAGCAAUGAUUCAUGAUAUUGACUUGCUGAAUCACUGCCCAUCAUCAAUAGCUGCAGCUGCCAUAGUUUGUGCUGCUGGUGAGGCUCAGGAUUUGGCUCUUGUCAGCCCUGGAGUUGCAGUGCAUUGGUGCGUUGGACUGACUGAGGAGCCGAUAGCUAGUUGCUACCAACUAAUGCUACGAGCUGCUAUCGAUCACAAGAAGAGAAAGCCACCGAUGAUCCUGUCGCAGCUCAGAGUGACAACCCCACUUAGCGUGGACUCGGGAGUCUCCUCUUCCACAUCUUCUCCAUCUUCCCCACCCAAUAAAAGGAGGAAGCUACACAACUGCUGCCUGUGAGUGGGUGAUGACAAGGAGGGCUCAUAAGGAAUACAAAUGAUGACAGGGGGAUAAGGAAGGGGGGACCCUAACGAUAUUAUAGCUAGUCUAGUAGACAACUUUUCUUAUUGGGUUUUGCAGAUUCCUCAGUAUUUUUUAGAGGAGUUUGGUCGAUUGGUUUAACAGAGUGCUUGGAUCAGUAUGUUGGUUACGUCCAGGAGUUAGGCUUGGUGGAUGAUGAUUUUUUUUUUUUUUUAGUUAUUGUUGCUGUUGUUGUUUCUUCUGAGGUCCUUUCAUUUGUGGGCUUUGCAAUUUAUAUGAGCUAUCAUGGCACUAGAGUUGCAGAUUCUCAAGGGUGGGGAAUCUGCCAUUCUUUUGUGUGGGGGAAAAGUAGGAGAGACGUGCUUGUUUGUGCAGGACGUGGAGGUCAUUGAAAUCAAAGGCAGCAUUGAUUGUUGAAUGAAAAAGAGGAAAAGAGGAAGCAUUCAAGCAGGGGAGGUAAAAAUAAUAAUAAUAACAAAAAAACAAAAAAGCUAAACUCUCCCAACUUGAAAAUGUUCCAUGAAUUCUCGUAAACUGGUCGUCGUCCUCCUUUGCCUCUUCAUCAAUAUUUACUUUUGGAAUUUUAUUUGAUAGAUUUUUUUUUUCUUUCCCUUUCUUUGUAUUGGUGUGAUUAUGAGUAUCUUGCUUGGGUUUGCCUAAGCAUACAUGUGAGAGGUUUUUGCCUAAGGUUGGGGCUAAAACUGUUUGUAUAAGGGCCUUUGGAGGUCUUUGAGAGUCUUGUAUUAUCUGAAACUCAUAAAUGAAACAAUCUGAUGUAUCUAUUUGCCUGUAAAAAUCUUAUAAUUUCAGACCUGAGUUGUUAAA